UUGCCAUGGCGACCGGACCGCUGGCAGCCUGUGGAUGCUGAGGGUCGAACUCUGUGCUCUCGGGCGACCCUACAGCGCAUCGGCCAUGAGCCUAGGCGUCGCGGAGGAGACGGGAGAUGACAGUCUGUCUGCAGUCACAUUUGACUCGGACUUUGAGACGAAUACAAAAAGAAAAGUUUGCAACAAACCUCCUUCCACAUCACCAAAGUCACCUUAUUACUCCAAGCCAAGGAAAGUCCCAUCCUGGCGACCUCUGAGGACAGCAGGGAGCAUGCCUCUGAGUAGCAGAGUGUCCUUGACCCCACAGAAGCUGUGGCUGGGAACUUCCAAACAAGGUGCAACUUCUGUCUACAGAGAGAAGGAAGACAUGUAUGACGAGAUCAUUGAGUUGAAGAAGUCAUUACACAUGCAGAAGAGUGACGUGGAUCUUAUGAGGACAAAGCUUCGGCGCCUGGAGGAGGAGAACAGCAGAAAGGACCGGCAGAUAGAGCAGCUUCUGGAUCCUGGGCGAGGCUCUGAUUUUGUGCGGACGCUGGCAGAGAAAAGACCUGACACUGGUUGGGUCAUCACGGGGCUCAAACAGAGGGUCUUCAGGCUGGAGCAGCAAUGCAAGGAGAAGGACAGCACCAUCAACAAACUGCAGACGGACCUGAAGACCACAAACCUGGAGGAGAUGCGUAUUGCCAUGGAGACCUACUAUGAGGAGAUCCACCGCCUGCAGACCCUCCUGGCGAGCCCGGAAGCCACAGCAAAGAAACCUCCCAUGGAGAAGAAGCUGGGCAUGAAGAGACAGAAGAAGAUGGGCAACGCGCUGCUGAACUUGACCCGGAGUGUCCAGGAGCUGACGGAGGAGAACCAGAGCCUGAAGGAGGACCUGGACCGGGUGCUGAGCAACUCUCCCACCAUCUUCAAAAUUAAGGGCUAUGUGGACUGGAGCAAGCCGCGCCUGCUGAGGCGCAUUGCCGAACUGGAAAAGAAAAUAAGUUCCAUGGAGAACCCAAAGGUACCGACAUCCGAGCAGAGCAAGUUGAAUCCCCUGGCCCACUCCUCAUCUAAUAUCUCAGUGAACAUGCAGUCCAGAGGGGACCAGCCUGAGGACCAGGAGCACCUCCAAGAGGCCCUGAAGAGCCUGAGAGGGGAGCAGAGCACGCUUCAGGCACAGCUGCUGGAGAAAGAAGAGGAAAUAGAAGAGCUGCGACAGGCCAAGGCUGACCUGGAGAAGGAGCUGGAGACGGCCAGGGUCUGCGAGAGGGAGAGGCACGAGCGAGAGCAGGCUCUGAAAGAAGAAAUUGAAACACUCACCAAGAAGUGUGAGAAACUGGAAGAAGCUAAGAGACAAGAGAGAGAUGCUCCCAAAGAAGUGGCUCACGAGGCCUUUGGAGAACUCCACAUGUCUUCCUCCUGCAGUGGGCCAUUACAACAAAACUCUCAGCCAGAGUCCAGCAGCAGCGAAGGUGGCUCCAGGCCCACCACUCCCUGCUCUGAUGGGAGGAGAGAGGCAGCUGCCAGGACCUUGCAGGCCCGGUGGAAGGCCCACAGGCAUAAGAAAAGAAAGGCUGCUCUGGAUGAGGCAGCUGUAGUGCUCCAGGCAGCCUUCAGGGGACAUGUGGCACGUUUGAAGCUGUUACCAAGCAAAGCCCCAGCCUCCAGGUCCCCCAGCGGGCUGAGCCUCCUCGACCAGCCACAGAGCUCUCCCAUGUCCCGUGUUCCGAGCCCCAAGGCCCAGGCCAAGGGCAGUCCAGAGCAAGAGGAAGCUGUCAUCCUCAUCCAGUCUGUCCUCCGGGGACACCUGGCUCGGGCCAGGUUCAGUGCUCUCAGGGAAGGGGCGGCCACCGCACGCACUCUGAGGGAAGCUGCCACUGCCUCGCACUGGGAAACUGCUUCCCCACGCUCCCUCGAAGCUUCUGGUCAGGACAGUGAGACAAGCAGUGGGGAGGCUGCAGAGGAUGAAGAUGAGGCAGAGGAGUCAGCAAGCCUACAGUCCCUAGCUGAAGUAAUAAGAGCAGGGCUGUUUGCCAAGGAGGAGCAGAAUGAGGCUGCUGUGGUGGACCACACCCCCUCCACAUGUCCAUCCAUUCCCACCUCCAUCCAAGGUGGCCACUGGGGCUGCCUGUCCCCACCCAGCCUGGAGGCUGAGCCUUGUUCCAGCCUAAAGGAUGUGAGCUGCUUAGAUGUGUGUGAAGAGAGUAGCAGCAACGCAGGCAGCUCUUGGCCAUCCCUGGAGCCCUCUCCCUCGGGGCUGCAGCCCUUGGCGGUCCCCUUUGUGGAGGACAUCAGCUCUGAUGACUCUGACGACAUUAUCAUCGCACCCUGUCUGCCCAGGAAGAAAAGCCUUGCCCCAUUCUAGGUCCCCAGCUGUUGCCUCCAGGUGAGGUGGCUGAGGGGACAGGUUAGGAUAAAAGGACAGAACAUCCUAGAAGACUUAACUGAAACUCAGAAGAUAACUUACCUUGUUAGGGAAAGAACGAUACCUUGGGAAUACCAGCUUCGCCAUCAGUUUUCUUGUGCGUUACACUUGUCCCCAUGAGGAAACCAUAUCCCUCUCAGGGGACAGCAGGUAGCUGUAUCCCAUACCUGUCUCUAGCUACAGCCUAUGUGUUCAGUCCUCACAGGUGAAUCCACUCCAAGUUAGGGCACCGAGGAGUUCUUGUUCUUACAGCCGCUCACCACCCUACCCUUGACCUUGGCAUUGUCAGCAACCAUGGAGACACACUCAUCCUCAUCCUGUGAUGUUGUCACCCCACCAGGCUCUGUGCCCUACUCAGAUGCUGCCCAGUGCCUCCUGGAGGACCAAGCCAGGCACCCCUGUCCCCACAACAGAAUGCAGCCAGCCAUCAAAGCCAGUGAGGACCUGAGGAAAUCAGCGUCCCCAAACAAGCUCCUAUUCACCUCUUGCCUGUCCUCUUCCUGGCCUAUGGGUGCUUCCUAGGGAAAAGUUCAGGUGGAAUUGUAUCCCUGAGGGGGUGGACUUUGGAAAGAAGUGCCAGGCAGAAUCAAACAGGGUAUCAUACAGCUGUUGGGAGAGGCAACAGCAAGCAGCCAGCCUCUUGACAGUAGGAGGGAAGAAGGGGAGCAGAAUGAGGAGGUCACCUGCCAUCCCAGGUAAGAGUAUCUCAGCGUGGGGUGAGUUCCAAUUUGGAUCUGGGACAAGCCCCUGUCACUGGGUGUGCAGAGGCCUCCCCAAGCCACUGGUGCCACCUGGAUCCCUCAGCCAUGAGUGACUUGAGGUGAGACUAGCCUCUGCCGAUGGAUAAAAAGGAACUUGGACAGGAUUUCAGGGGUAUCCACACCUCCAUGAGGUGCAGGUCUUGCUGUUUGAGUCUUCCUGCACAGCCUUAGGACUUCUUGCCCAGGGCUGGCAAUUGUCUCGGGAGAAGCUCAGAGUUCAGGUCCACCCACCAAGGCACAAGAGGGUGCCACAGGUGGCCCCAACAUCUGCAUCUUCUCCAGGGCAAGGGUGUCCUCAGUCCUGCCCCCAUUCAGCAGAGGUGUAUCUGCAUUGCGUGUUGGCCGGGGGCUGAGGGAGGAGGAUUUUGCUUAAAGAAGUCCCCACCUCAGGAGAAGGUCUUAGACGGGACAGUUCCCCAGCUGCAGAGGAGGUCUGACCUGUAUAGGCCUGGCCAGUGGGUGUUGAGGAAUCAAGAUCGGCUGCACUGGAGUUGUCUAAGAAUUCUAAAUCACACACCCUAUUACCUGGGGCAGCACGUUAACCUAUUAGAAUCAAACACUCUGUCUGAAGCUACCUCAGUAAAUAACAAUGCCUCAAGCCUGUGUCUUCGGCUCAUGUCCUGUGCCCAGUGCUGCCACCCAGACCCCUCUCUGGAACAUCCUGCCCAGCUGUCACAUGUGGGAGGGUGGCCCAUCUGGGGACCAGGGCCCUACUGUGCUGGCUUCUGUAAGGAAUGAAUGGGGACUGAGUCUAACCAACCAGGUCAGUCUUGAACUUUGUCAUGGGCAGGGUCACAGAUGUCCAGUCCCACCACAGGGCCAGACAGCUGAGGCUGUGGGCCCAGUCAAGCCCACUGGAGCUGUGGACUGGGUGAGGUAAAGGCAGGGCCAGGUAUGAGCCAGAGUGGAGUGGAUGGGGCUCUAGACAGAGUUGGCUUGAACGGUGCUUCAGCAAGCAACAAAAUGCAUCCCUGGGGAGACUAGAAAGGAAGGCACCAGGACAGAGCCUCAAGUGCAGUGUUAGGGGCCAGAGCAGACCCAGGUGUGUGCAUUUCUGGGGAGGGGGCAGCUAGAUGUUACCUGCCACUCCUGUGUCCUGAUUUCCACUGGACCUCCCCCACACCACCUUGAACUUAGAGAGCAGAGCAGUGAAACUCUACCUGCUGUUCUAGACUGGGUGGGUGCUCAGUCCUUUGAGCACUGCCAUGGAAAGCUAGGCACGGCUUGGGCAGCAGCCACCCUGCACCCCUGUGGCUGACCUAGGUGAAGGACAGCUGAUGAGCUGAAGGUGUCUGAACCCGAUGUGCCCGUGCCCCCCACCCAUUGCAUGGAGGCGCUGCCUGGAGGUCUGCAACUCCUUCUGGGAGGAUGGACAGGUCGGCUGGGCUCAAGGCACAGGGCUUGUAAAGCCUGUGUGGGUGGUUGCUCCUCUCACCAAGCUCAGAAGCCAGGGAUGGACCUGAGCCAUGCUCCUGAUGAUGCCAGGCCAUUAUGAAGAUGGAUCCAGGAUAGAGAUCCACAACCCUCUGCUGCCCUUGACUCAUGCCUGCCCACUGGCUAUGGCUAAAGGGUAGUGGGGGGCCAGGCUCCCCUAAAACUAGCCAGUUGGGUAUGCUUCAUGUGCAUGAGGCACAAGCCUCAUGAGGGGUAGACUUGAGGGAGACUUUUUGUAGUGCUUGGGCUGGAACCUAGGAUCUCAUGCUGCUAGCAAGUGCCUUACCACUAGGCUAUACUCCCAUCCUCUAUGGAGCGUGCACUUGAGUGGAACAGGCAUGCAGCCUUGGGAGGACACUCAAGUGGUCUCUCCAAAGAGAAGAGGCUGCCUAGACUGUAACAGGUGCCUUGACUGUGAGAUGACUGGGCCGAGCAGACCUGGGCUAAAUUGCCAGAACCCAGUGUGUGGCAUGUGCAUAAUGUACAGGGCGCUUUGUUGGCCUAUUCAUUUAUGGACUAGGGGGGGACUGUGGCCAAAUGGCCUCUACCACAGGUACCAGCUGCAUUCUAUCUGGUGAAGGUCUAUUUUUGUGUCCUGACAAGCAGAGUGAGGGACCAGACUUUUCUUUGCAAAAAGACCAAUUGCACUAGAAAAAGAUAGACUGAGCCAGCUCAGAUCCGCUGAGAUGACACGGCAGAGUGAUGCCUCAUUUUCAAAGAUAUAAAUACUGUCAGCGGAAAGCACUCCAACCUUUGAGAUCUAAAUAAAAGUUCCAUUAUGUCCUGUCUAAA